AUGUCAUUGGCGGCCAUCGAGGCAAGUAUGGGGCAGUGUUCCGAAAACACAUCAGACUUAGGUCAAGAGGCCAACACGAGCCGCCAAUUCUUUCGAAUUGGAGAUACUUUCCAAAUUGAAACAUGUGCGGGGCAAGUCUGCAUAUUGAUGAAAAAGGAUUCAUCCAACCACAGAAGCUUUAUUCCUAGCUUCCGAAGAGAAUCAAGGACAAUUAUGGUCGAACAAGAGCAACAAGCCAAAUGUAAGCGGCUCGAGACUCGUAUCGACUCCCCCAAUCGGCCCUCACACCCCUUCACAUCGGCAGCGGCGACACGAAAUCACACACCGAUGGGAAGAUGGGAGAGCGAGAAGGCAGAAGACCAGCCAUGGAAUGUACUUACUGCCUCCAAGACCGACUCGGGUUGGAGAGAAUGUUUCGGUUUGCAAGUCACAUCUUCCACGAAGGGAGAACAAGGAAGUGUUGGUGAAGAAACAAAAUGA